AUGAGGUGCCCCUGGCGAUGCCAUAUCGUGUUGGUGGUACUGCUGCUGCUGCACCUGAUUGGGGUGACGGAGGCAGGCCUCUUCGGCGGGGGCGACAGCAACGACCUCUACGCUCAGCUCGGCCUUAAGCGAGGAGCGACGAAGGACGAAAUCAAAAAGGCAUUCCGCAAGUUGACACGCGAGCACCACCCCGACCUGCAGGAGACGCUGGAGGAAAAAGAUGCAGCGAAGGAGCACAUGGUGAAGGUGCUUCGCGCCUACAAGGUGCUCUCCGAUGACAUUCAACGGCAGGACUAUGACCGCUUCGGCAAGAUUCCUGGCGAACAGCUGAACGCUGCAGACUUUACGGCAGAUGAACUAUUUGAGCACUUCAGUCAGCAGUCGCCGAUCCUCUCCAAGACGCGACAGCUCGAGUCACUACGCCUGCUGCGGCGGAUCCUUAACUUCCGCGGAAACCGCGUUUUCCUCGUGCAAGUCUACGACGACACGUGUAAGUCGUGCCGCUGGUUCGCGCAGACUUGGGAGAGUUUCGCUCAGUCAAGCAUGGUGGAAGGGUCUGUUGUGGAGAUGCUGCGCAUCGACGCAUACGCUCCUGAGGGACCGUCGCUGCUGAGCGCACUCGGCAUCAAGUAUAAGGCGGAGGUUCAAGUGCUCGCUAUUGUGGAUGGGGAACAGUGGCAGAUGCCGCAAUUGGCAUCGGCGCUAAAGUCAAAGAGUGCACGCUCUGCGUUCUCUGGCCUGCAUGAUUUCAUCAUGAAUUUCUUUCAUGACAAACAGAUGGAGACGAUGUCACUGAAGUCGGAAGAUAAUCCACAGUCCAUUCUUAAAUGGCUGCAAGAGGAACGUGGCCCUGACAACACUGUGCGUGUUCUGGCGCCUCCAUUGGCGCGGGAAGGCAUCGUGCUCACGCUGUCUGUGCUGCACGAAGACGUGGCGGUGUUCCGUUCGGUGCCACGAGCGGCGCUUCUUAGCUUCAUUGAUGAGAUCUGCGGACAAACCGUGGAGGUGCGCAACCGUGACGGCGAAGUUGUUCCGGUUCCGGAGUUUGUGGUGGUCUCCCUGGGGCGGCUCCCCAACGCCACCGAGGCUGUGGCAGAUGAGGGGCUGAACGGUACGGACAGCUGCAGGGGAAUUCACGUCGGCGCCAGCGCGGCUCUUACGUACCGCAAGGCAGCAACGUUUGUGAAGGAUCUGUUGCCGCCGCGCCAUUCAGGAAUGGUCGGCAUUCCGUAUAUGACGGGAAUGUUGUUUUAUGAAAUGUGCCGACAACACUGCCUCAUAUGGGUGCGUGACAGCUGCAAGGAUGAGCCACGAAGCACGUGGAUGGAUGUCCUGCGCGGUGACUACAAACCCUUUGGUGUUGGGUACGUCUGUAUGGACGAGGAGGUCGCUCUGCGUGCCGUUCUGCUACCGACAGCAACAGCAACACCUACGAAGGACAUGCUCGUGGCAAUUGUGGACGGCGACGAGGACAAACUACAUGUUUUAGAGUGCGACCCCCAACAGAAACACAUCUCAGAGGCUCUGUCGCGUCUCCUGCUCGCCGAAAAUGAGGAUCAUCCAAUGGAGCUUUCGGCACCACUAUCGCGUUUGUUGACGUCUCGGACGUUUCAGUUGUCACAGAUGCAAUAUUACUACCUGUUGUUCCAGAGUUUAAUCGGUGUCCUCUACCCGAUCGGCUCUAACUGCUACCCGUUUCUCAUGAUGUUCAUCAUGCACAAGGUGCUCCAGCGGUUCAACCUCUUGGGGAACAACGACGCCAGUAACAACACCAGUGGGACACAACGUGGAGGGACGUCAAACUCGUCAACCUCCACUUCUGCUCCUCCCACUACUUCUGCUGCUGCUGCUGCUGGUGGUGGUGGUAGUGGUAACACAAACAAGGGAGGAAUUCGUUCGUACACUGCGGCAGAUUUGGAAGCAGCCAAAAGUGGACGGGGAUUUCUUAUUUUGUUGUUUCAAGAUGGUGACAAGCCAUGCCCUGCAUUGCCAAAUGUGGCUAACGACGCACGCUUCACUCUGCGUCUAGUGUCGCCCAAAGAUGCAGUAUGGGGUCCAUGGCUUGCACUGCGGCAGCCUCAAAGUGCCAAGGAUGCACCAGAUACCGGUAAGCGAGUUGAUGCAGUUGCCGUGCGGCAGGGAAGGAUGACGGCAGCAGUGAAGCCGCCAUAUGCAGCGUUGGAUUCGUGGCUGUGUGACCUUCUCGAUGGUACCGUCACGGCGAGUUUGUCGCUCCCUACCGAGUAA